GUGUGUGUUGCAGGCGGAUGGUCAGUCAGGCAGCCAUGCGAGGCCAGCGUGUGGUGGAGAGCGAAUGUAGGUGCUGGAACCCGGCCCUCUGGCUCCUGGUGUCCCUGCUGGGAUCCCUCGUCCUGGUGGCCGUCAGUGUGCUGCUGCGAUUCGGAGACAUGAAAAUAAACAGACGUGCUGUAUCCAGUAAUGAGAAUCCCUGACAGAAACUGUCUGCUUGUCUCUUCAAAGUGCAACUGGUGAAUGGUCGUAACAGGUGUGAGGGUAGGGUGGAGGUGCGCUACAAUGACUCAUGGGGCACAGUGUGUGACGAUGACUGGGACAUGGUGGAUGCUAACGUCGUGUGUCAGCAGCUGGGCUGUGGAGUGGCUGUGGCAAUGGGCAGCAGCUCUCACUUUGGACAAGGCACAGGGCUCAUCCUGCUGGAUAACGUGGACUGCAGAGGAAAUGAAACAGACCUCAGCCAGUGCAAUAGUCUGGGCUGGGGCAUCCACAACUGCUACCACUAUGAGGAUGUGGGUGUUACCUGCAAAGUGGUGGGAACAAAAGGUUUAGAGGAUCGCACCACACCGCCCCGAGAGAACUCCGGUUUACGAGAUGGCACCAUUCGUCUGAUGAAUGGACAGAACACCUGCCAGGGCCGGGUGGAGAUCUACUACAAAGGAAAAUGGGGAACAGUAUGUGAUGAUGACUGGGACUUCAACAAUGCCCGUGUAGUGUGCCAACAGAUAGGUUGUGGUAGCGCCAUCUAUGCACAUACUAACUCAUACUUUGGCUAUGGAACUGGCCUGGUUCUCUUGGAUAAUGUCAACUGCUAUGGCAAUGAACAAGAUCUGACUAAAUGCAAAAGCCUGGGCUGGGGCAAACACAACUGUGGUCACCAUGAGGACGCUGGGGUCACCUGCACUGGAUCCACAACUGUAUCACCCCCUGCAACAGAAAUCCAGAGAGGGAUCUGGGGAACAUUCAACACUCAAGCAACAGAAGCUCCAGUCACCAAGGUUCCAAGUACAACAACCGUUACCACAACUGCCCAGACAAGAGGCAAACCAUCCAUUCGUGUGAUGAAUGGUAACAAUAGCUGCCAGGGUCGUGUAGAGGUCCUUUACAGAAACGUUUGGGGGACAGUGUGUGAUGAUGACUGGGACUUACCCAAUGCCAAUGUGGUGUGUAGGCAGCUUGGCUGUGGCCCGGCUAGUGCAGCCAAGACCCAGGCCUACUUUGGCUAUGGUUUGGGUCCAAUCCUGCUGGACAAUGUGGAAUGUAGCGGCUAUGAACUGGAGCUGUCCCAGUGCUUCCACCUGGGCUGGGGUCAACACAACUGUGGCCAUCAUGAAGACGCUGGAGUUAUCUGUGAAUCUGUCCAGUUGCAAUGUGGCCCAAAGGAGCCAAGCAAGAGGCUUCCUAUAUUGAUCACUAGGGUAAUUAUAAGAGAGGCUUGUUGUUUCUCUUGUCAUCUGAUACUUCCUGAGUAUUCCCAGGACCCACAAGCAUCACUGUUUUUCUGCUUUCCUCUGUUUCCCUUAGCUUUUGAAAACCGCAUUAUAAAUGGACGUGACUUUAGAGUAACAGAAAGUAUACCUGCCACCACCACCACACCACCCUCUGAAGGAAUGUUGAGACUGGUGGGUGGCCAACACCAGUGCGAGGGCCGGGUGGAGAUGUAUUCAGAUUCUGCUUGGGGCACAGUGUGCGAUGAUGCCUGGGACCUUCCCGAUGCUCAGGUUGUGUGUCGCCAAAUGGGCUGUGGAGAGGCCACGGUGGCUCGGGGGGAAGCUUUCUUCGGGCCCGGUACAGGAACAAUCCUGCUGGACAAUCUCAAGUGCACGGGUGCGGAGGCCUCGCUGCAGGAGUGCUCCCAUAUAUCCUGGAAUGUACACAACUGUGACCACUCUGAGGAUGCUGGCGUCACCUGCUCACUGUCAUGAUUCCAGCAGAACCACUCCCAUCUCCACCGUGGGUAGGAAGUGGGUGUACCAACCUGGGACUUGUAUACAUUAUGUAAAUAACAGCUUUCACAUUACUGAAGGAGUACCACCAACAACAACGUACAAAAAAAACUAAUGUGACAAAUAUAUGAUUAUAUAUUCUAAACUAUCUAUGCUUAUUCAGCACUUUAUAAAUAAAUAUAUGUUAUAAAAUGCAAUGUACACUGUUUUUUAUUUGAUAAAAAAAAGAAAAACAAAGACUUUAACAAAAUGUGAAGAUAUUUAAUGUACAUGUGAUUCUUUGAUGAUUAAGUAAGGUAUAUUGGAGGAAAUCCAUCAGUUAUUAAUUAUGUGGAUAAAAGGAAACAUUUAUGUGGACAUCAGCUCCAAAUUUCACAGAUAAGUAUGAUAAAACAAACAGAAUUAUACAGGAAAAAAAGUAUACUACAAACCACAAGAAUGAAAGAAAACAGAAACAUUUAUAAAUAAAUGUGUUAUAUCUUGUGAAUAUGCAGUAUCUCAUCACCUACAAAUAAACAAUGAGUUGCUUGUGUUCUGUAAACCAUCAUAUAAAUAAAUGUAACUAAUAAUCAUUUACAUGUGACAAAUAAAUGUUCUUAUUUUUCAGUAUGUACUUUUGUUGUAAAAAUAGAGAUAUUUAAAUCAGUGCA